AUGGCAACUACUACUACAGAUUGGACUGUAUUAGAAAAAUUAUUACUUGCUCAAGCUGUCAACAAAUAUGGUGAAGAUAACUGGUUACAAGUGGCAAGAACUCUCAAACAACAUCCAUUAUUACACGACCAUGCAAAACCCGAAAUAUUCAACCAAAAGAAUUGCUCUCUACAAUACUAUCUUAUGAUUGAUGAUAUGGAGUCUGAAAGCCGACGACAGCCCAAGACAGCCGGAUCCAUUGUUGUUCAAGAUAUGCCAAAGGUAGUCAAAUUAGCUCGUCAGCUCUACUUUCAACGGGUGGAAGAAUUGAAGAAAAGUAUCAAAGAAGACGAAGACAAGUUCAUGGCUCUAGUAUCAGAGAUUGAUGACAUCAAAUCAGGGGCAUGGGAUACCAAAUUGGCACGUUUGGCUAAUGAACAACAAAUUCCUUCUUCCAUUACAACAAAUACUGAACCUACAACAGCGAUUAAUGGAGAUCAACAAGCUACCCCAAAGCAAAAGGAUGAUCAAAGACAAAAAUCAUGGCAAAAGAAUGUCAAUCUUCUCUGGCGUGAAAUUGCAAAUCAUAAGAAUGGAGCGAUGUUUAUGAAUCCAAUCAAGGAAGCUCAAGCCCCACUUUAUUAUGAUGUUGUGAUCCGGACUACGGUGGAAUUUGAACGAGAUGUGGUAUUGAUGCUUACCAAUUCACUCAUGUACAACAAGGAAGGUACUGAAAUUUAUCAAAUGGCUUUGGAAAUGUUACAAGAUGUGACUGAACAGAUCAAGAUAUUCAAGACAGCUGAUGGUAAUACUUCUACCCAUACAAGAAGUGCAUCAUUAUUGGCUAAGGAUACACGAAAAAGUAUAGCGGAGUAG